AUGUCCGAACUGGAUUCAAAUGUAAUCACAACAUCCAAACAAACAGACACAAUAGAUAGGGAUGUAGAAGAAAGUGACAAUAAUAAUAUACUUGACAAUGAUGAUGAAUUCAUUGAUUUUAUUCCUUCUCCUUAUGUGGAUAAAAAUGAAGUUCAAGAUAUUGAUUCAUUAUCGAAAUGUUUUGAACAACGUCACAAUAAUUAUCUUAUGUUUUUCAUGGUCUCUCUUAAAGAUGCAUGUCAAGCAGCUUUCGGUCCAAUUGUACUUCAAGAACGUCGUCCAGUACCUGUUGACAAACAUCAUAACAACAAUCAAUUUAGGGAAAAAUUUUAUGAGCCAUGUUUUAUUCAAGUACGAUUAUCGAUUAUUUAA